AUGCGCCUGGACGCCAUGGCCGACGACACCCUCAUCGACGACGCGGCCCUGGCCUUCGACGCCGUGAGCUUCAUCCCGCCCUACAACGAGUUCACGGGGGAGCCGCAAGCGACGGCGCCGCCCUUCGUCCCGAGCUACGAGAAGGCGAAUGCCCGGCCGCCCGAGGACGGCGUGCCCCCCAUCGACGUCCGCCACUUCAAGACGCGGCUCUGCGUCUACCUCGCGUCCGGAUCCUGCCCGCACGGCGCGCGCUGCUUCUUCGCCCACUCCGUCGACGAGCUCCGGCCGCCGUCCACGCACGCGGCCGCCGAGUACAAGACGCGGCCGUGCCGCUACGCGCUCAGCGAGUGCCCCUUCGCCGCCGCGGGCCGCUGCCAGUUCGCCCACGGCGUCGACGAGUUGCGGAGCCCGCCGGCGACCCUGGCGUCGCCCGAGCGCAUGCUCAGCGCGCGCCGCUUCAAGACGCGGCUCUGCAAGUACUUCCUCGCGGGCCACUGCCCCUACGCGGCGACGAACACGUGCCAGUUCGCCCACAGCAACGACGAGCUCCGGGCGCCGUUGGACGGGGGCAACGGCGCGGGCCCGGGCGUCUACCCGCCCGCGGCGAACGCCGCCGCGCCGGCCUUCUCGGGCGGCCUCGGCGACGCGGCGCAGGCGCCGCCGCAGGCGUGGCCGCCCGCCGCGCCGGGCCAGGCGCCGCCGGCGGCCGCGCGCGCGAACCGCAUCACGCCGCCGCCGGCCUUCCAGCCCCUGGGGGCCUUCCCGCCGGCGAACAACGCCGCGCCCGUGCUCGUCGCCGCGGGCGUGCUCGGCGGCGCCGCGCCGCCGGGCAGCGACGCGGCCGCCGCGUCCGCGGCCGCGUCGGGCGCCGCGCUCCGCGCCGCGCUGGAGCAGAAGCGGUUCACGAAGCUCUGCAAGUACUUCCUCGCGGGCCACUGCCCCUUCGAGGCCAGCGGCACGUGCCAGUUCGCGCACAGCGCGCGCGAGCUCCGGAAGCGGUCGCCGCCGCGCGCGUCCCAGAGCGCCCUACCGACGUCGCUGCCCCCCGGCAACGACGGCCGCCGCGGCGCGCCCCACGCGCGCGGGUCCCGGAGCCCGCCGCGGCCGCCCCAGGAGCAGCCGGCCAUGAACCGGAGCCAGAGCCGAGCGGCGCAGCGCCAGGCGCGGAACUCGCGGAGCCCGCCGCGGCCGCCGCCCGCGGCCGCGCCGGGCCAGCUCGGGUCCGUGCCGGGCCUCGGGUCCGUGCCGGGCCAGCUCGCCGGCCUCGGGUCCGUGCCGGGCCAGCUCGGCUCGCCCUUCGGCGGGUCCCUCGACGCGUACCGGCCCGCGGCGCCGGGCGCGGCGCCGGCCGCGCCGGCGGCCGCGUCGACGGCGCUCUACGCGGCGGCGCCGCGGUCGCGGCACCUCGUGAGCCCGGGCCCCAUCGUCGCGCCCGCGCCCUUCACCUACCAGGAGUGGGCCGCGGUGCCGCCGGGCACGCAGUACGUGAACCGCGUGUCGUCGGACGACAACCCGGCGCAGGAUUUGCGCGCGGACCCCUGGACGCGCCACGCGGCCCUCGAGGCGCGCCGCGGCGGCGCGCCCCACGGCGGGCCGCGCCGCAUCGAGCCCCACAGCCCGACGUCGCCCUUCUCCGGCGCCUACAACCGGCCCGUCGACGGCGUGCCCUUCUUCGCGGACGGCCCGCCGCUCGGGGGCCGCGCGGUCGGCGCGCCCGACUGGAGCUUCAACGGCGAGGCCGCCACGUCGCCCUGA